AUGGAUACGAAUUGGACUAUGUUCCCCCGUAUGGGGUUACGAUCCCCAAACUUGACGAAUACAACUGUGAAUCUCCAAGAGAGCUUCGAAAUCGACCUGGAAGACACAAACUGGAUCCUCACAUCUUCGUUCAUCAUUUUCACAAUGCAGACAGGUUUCGGAAUGUUGGAGUCUGGAUGUGUCUCCAUAAAGAACGAAGCUAACAUUAUGAUGAAGAACUUGGCUGACAUUUCUUUAGGGGGUCUCACCUACUGGAUUUUUGGCUACGGCAUGUCCUUCGGGGAGGGGACAUACUCCAACCCCUUUAUAGGGGUGGGCGACUUUUUGCUUGACCCUCCAGUGGGGGAUGCUCUGAUGGGGCCUGUGUUCGCAUCAUUCUUGUUCCAACUGUCCUUCGCUACUACUGCUACUACGAUUGUCAGUGGAGCUAUGGCUGAGAGGUGUAACUUCAAGGCGUAUUGUCUGUUCUCACUGCUGAACACAAUAGUCUACUGUGUGCCAGCCGGCUGGGUGUGGGGCUCCCAUGGGUUUCUGAACAAGCUGGGCGCUGUUGACAUCGCUGGCUCUGGACCUGUGCAUCUUAUAGGUGGCGCGUCAGCCUUCGCUUCAGCUCUAAUGCUAGGUCCUCGACUAGGUCGGUAUGCUCAUGGCAUAACUCCAUUACCUAUGGGAAAUCCUGUCAACGCAGUCAUGGGGACUUUCGUCCUCUGGUGGGGCUGGCUGGCUUUCAAUUCCGGCAGCACAUAUGGGGUGAGUGGAGCUAAAUGGCAAUAUGCAGCAAGGGCAGCUGUGAUGACGAUGAUGGGAUCUUUCGGAGGAGGCUGCUUCGGACUCCUGUUCACGCUAAUCAAAAACAAAGGAAAGGCAGAAGUGAUGGAACUCAUCAACAGUGUGUUAGGGUCGUUGGUUUCUAUCACUGCUGGCUGUUUCCUCUACCGAGCUUGGGAGUCGUUGCUGAUAGGGUUUAUAGGGGCCGCUAUAGCGUCGGGCACAUCUCCCUUGUUCGAUAUGAUGGGGGUUGACGACCCAGUUGGAGCGUCCGCCGUCCAUGGUGCCUGUGGACUUUGGGGUGUACUAGCAGUGGGACUGUUCGCUGAUAAUCCGAUUCCUAUGGAAACUACAAACGGCAGAUCUGGACUAUUCAAGGGGGGUGGCUGGUAUCUCCUCGGCGUACAAUCUCUAACAGGCGUUUGUCUAAUGACCUGGGGUAUUCUGGUCACCAUCACGUUACUAUGGUGCAUUGACAAGAUCAUGCCAAUACGGAUGGAUCCAUACACUGAACUGCUAGGAGCUGAUAUUACUGAACACAGGAUUAGACAUGGACAGGUGGGAAUAUCUCGCGCAGUAUCAGCUCUGCGUCCGUACCACAGAUCCAACAGUAUAGAACAAAUGGCUACAGUCGGUAUGAAUACCGGCCACGGAUACAUCGUCGACAAACUCAAUGAGGCAAAGAAAAAGAACGGCCUAUUCCAUGUAUUUAAUAACAAAGCAUACGUCAGCGACCAGGAGCCAACGCCAUCGUUCACAACCCAAGGCUUUUUGCACAAACGACCUGGCAACACUAGAAACCACGCCCACAGCGCUCUAGACUCUAUGGUGCACGAAAUUAAUGAUACCACACUAAUAAAUAAAGAGAUCAGUAAUGUAAUUCACGUGAUACCAGAGGAAAUAAAAGGAAAAAGGUAUAAAGAUUUGUCGCCUAAAGAAUUGGAGGAUUUGGGUCGAAUUAGUGCUAGCCAGGACCGAUUUAGGUACAGAUUUCAUGAAGACGAUUAUAAAAGAGAUGUCCAAAGAAGUGCUACUUCUAAUAUUAGGUGGUUAGAUUAA